UUUUUCUUCGACAGUGUACUUUUUUCUUUCUUUCGCGUACCUCUAGUUUGUCCUCCCUCAUUCGGUCUGUUAAUAUCGACGGCCGAUCUCUGGAUUCAUUGCUUCGGGCACGUACCUGCAUCAGCUUGCACACAAUAAGCCCUCUACAACCACACAGCAGACAUCCCUCACGAAAUGGCACGCCAAAGCAUCUCGCUGUCGGGCACGGCAGACAUCGCCGAGUCUACAUCGCUUUUGUCAACGCAUGAGGAAAUCGCAACAGAGACCACAGCGCUGCUGGCAUCGGGCGCAAUCGAGACCCCGACCGGCAACGAGUUCGUCGAGCAGGACACGAUCAGCACCAUGGCGAUGGUGAAGCAGGAGACCCAGACGAUUGCAGUCAUGAGCAUCCCGGUCAUCCUGUCGUACAUGCUGCAGUUCAGCUUCAACUUUAUCAACAUCCUGUCGAUCGGCCACCUUGGCGCUGAUGAGUUGGCGGCAGCAGCGCUGGGCAACAUGACCGUGUUCAUGCUUAUCUAUGCACCUGCAGUUGGUCUUGCCUCUGCCCUGGACACGUUCUGCUCGACAGCAUUUACUGCAUCAAAGGAUAGAACCCUGGUCGGAUUCCACCUGCAGCGCGGAAUCAUUGCCGUGACUGCGCACUUCAUCCUGGUUCUUCCGAUCCUGCUCAAGCUGGAGCCAGUGUUGCUGGCCCUGAACCAGGACCCGACGAUCACCAAGCUGUGCAGCAAGUUUGUCGGUAUCCAGUUGAUCGGGUCGAUGCCGUGGGUCUACUUUGAGUGCAUCAAGCGGUUCCUGCAGGCGCAGGGCUACAUGCGCUCAAGCACUAUCGUCCUGCUCGCCGUGCUGCCUGUGCACGUCAUCAACAACUUCCUGUUUGUGUGGUCGCCGACGGUCGGUAUGGGAUUCCUGGGUGCUGCUGCCGCCAAUGUCGUUACAUUCUGGCUCAUGUUCUUUGGCAUCGUCAUCUACACGUGCCGGUGCGACGCUCGGUAUUCGUGGGCUGGAUGGUCGUGGAAGCCGCUCAAGACGAUGCCGCAGUACUACAAGCUGGCCAUCCCGUCAGUGAUCAUGAUGUGCAGUGACUGGCUGUGCUGGGAGAGCAUGGCGAUCGGCGCCAGCUAUCUUGGAAACGCCACCUUGGCUGGGCAGUCAAUCGUCCUGAACACGUGCACGCUGAUGUACCAGGCGCCUGGCGGUCUGAGCAUUGCGCUGACCAACCGAGUCGGGAAUCUUUUGGGCCAGGCUCGCGCUCGCCGCUCGCACGUGUCGUCCAAUGUCGGUCUGUCGCUGGGCGCCUUCACUGGUGUGCUCAACUCGGUGUUCUGCCUGGCGACGGCAUCGUGGUGGGGCAAAAUCUACUCGAGCGACCCAGAUGUCGUUGCGUGUGUCGCCCUGAUCAUGCCCAUUUGCGCCAUUUUCCAGAUCGCUGACGCCAUGAAUGCUGUUACUGGCGGUGCUCUGCGCGGCCUGGGCCGCCAGAAGAUUGGUGCCUACAUCAACUUCCCGUCGUACUACCUCGUUGGCCUGCCGACGGGCGUCUAUCUGACGUACGGUGCGCCGGACAUGGGCAUCAUUGGUCUCUGGAUCGGCAUGUGCAUCAGCGUCAUCUGCGCCGGUAUCGGCCAGACGUACAUCUGCUACAGCGCUGACUUUGACCACGAGGUCGAGCGGUGCAUGCGCCAGGUGUCGUCGUACAAGGAUGCAGCCGCUAUCAGGAGCCAGACCGGCAGCCCGAUGGAAGCCGACAAUGCUCGCGAAGGAUCGGCUGUGACUUUAACAAACAGCGUCUAGCGCUGAACACGCAUCCCUCGCCAUUGUUUGUCUUUACCUCCCCCGUUUCAAUUCAACAUGAUUAUUCCCUGUAUAGUGCCAGCAGCAUCGCCCAUGGCCUUUUUCUGCCAAAUGCAUUUGCUUUGCCCUUGGCCCAACAAAAGCGCCUCCUGCCGGGUGCACAUACUUCCGCACAUUGUCGCAAUGCGUGCGAGCAGCCUGUGCAUGUAGCGGCAGGCUGUGGCACGCCAAUAUAAGCGCCUGCUUUGGCCCCUCAUGACCCAUCGUUCCCUCAAUGCAUUGAAAGUCUGUGCUUGGCCGCAGCAGCUU